AUGAGAACCCUUGAGCUACUUGCUGAAGCUUGUGACAUCUCGGCCCAUCGGACGGAGAUCCGGCCGAAGCUGGAGACGAUAUCUUAUCAGUUGGCUGCCCGCGGGGAGGAAAUCAAGCGUAUUCGGCCCCAUGCCGGAACGGAUCUCGGAGCCCCGCCGGAGCCCAGUUCUGUCUCCGAAACCGUAGCAGGAGCUGUUGAUGGCAUAUUCAUCAGUCAGUCAUCAGAUGAGAAUAAUCACCUCACCAUGGGCAACACCAUCUCAUACCAAGAAACGCCAAUCGAGCUCGAAUUGGGCGACCGGGGAACGAUCCGCGGCCUCCAGUUCGACAAUAAGUCCAGGCGCUUCACUGGUGUUCCCUACGCACUGCCACCAACUGGCGAGCACCGAUGGCGCAAGCCGCGACCAUUACCCGCAUCAUACUCAUACACCGACGAUAAUGGAGGAGCAUACGACGCAACCAAGUUCAAGUCCGUAUGCCCUCAGAAGGCGUUCCAUGUAGUCAAGCCUGACGGUGGUGGAAACACCUAUGGCGAAGAUUGCUUGUUUGUCAACAUCUGGACCCCGGUUCCCAAAGAAGGCGAAGAAAACAAGAAAUGGCCGGUGCAGCUUUGGAUUCACGGCGGGUGGUUCCAGAUGGGUGAUCCGUCGCAGGAGCCGGGUAUGGAUGCAACAGAGCUGAUUACUACGGGUGGCCUCAACGCCAUUGUCGUCGCUAUCGGGUAUCGACUCAACGUGUUUGGGUUCCUUGCCGGAAACGACCUUUUGCAAGAGAGCAACGGUGAAGCGGGCGGUAACUUCGGUCUUUGGGACCAACGAGUGGCCGCGGAGUGGGUGAGAGAUAACAUUGCUCAUUUCGGAGGAGAUCCGGGGAACGUGACGCUUGCCGGUCGGAGUGCUGGGGCAUACAGCGCCGAAGCUCAGAUGCUCUACGACUUCCGGAAGACGGGAAGUGUCUCUUCACUAUAUCACCGCAUCUUCAUGGACUCAAACGCGAUUCCGGCCCAGCCAAAAUCUCUUGCCGAUGUCCAAGGCCAAUUCGACGAGCUUUGCGACUACUUUAGGAUUGACGCCUCAGUGUCAGGAGCGGAGAAGCUCUCUAUUCUUCGGGGAAAGACUGUGGAAGAGCUUUUGGAGGCUAUUCCCCAACUGAAAAACCACACCUUCCGGCCCGUCACCGAUGAUGUCUUCAUACACACGGGUAUGAUUGAGUACCUCCAGGGCAAGGACUUCGCAGAUGAGUUCAAGCGAAGAGGGUACAAAUUACUCAUCGGCGAGGUUCGCAACAAAGAAACUCUUUACUCUUCAUAUAACGCACCCACUGAGCCCACGCUGGAAGCCCUGCGCUUACAGGUCUCAAACUACUACGCUCCAGACGUUACAGAUCGCGCGAUCCAACAGUACAAGCUGCCAGAAUCAGACAAGUUGCGAGACUGGCAAACAACAUUCGGAUCGAUCGUUUCGGACGGACAAGUGCGGGCACCGUCCAGGGCACUUGUGAAAGCGCUAGUUGACAACGGCGUCGAUAUCCGAGACGUGUGGCGGUACCAGAUCGCCUACAGGCUGUCCUUCAUCAACGAGAAGGUAGCUCCCGCUUCCUUCGGGGUGGCGCAUGCCAUGGACAGGCCCAUCUGGAACUUUUCAAUCACCCAUGGUCCGACCCCCACCGAAAGGCAAUUGAUGGAAGGCUGGAUUCAAAUCUUGGUCAACUUUGUGAACAACACUGAGGGCUACGAGUACGGGACGAAGAGUGUCGAGGAGAUGAAGGUCUUGACUCCGGAGGCCACGAUUGAAGUUCGGCCUGAUGAGCGAUGGAGCGAACUGGUGAAACUGGGGGAUAUCUUUGCUGGCAAGAUUGAAUACUUGAGGCGCAAGGCCAGUGAUUUUGCUUUCCAUGCCGCUGCUAGGCCAGGAAUAGCGCCUUGCGUGAGCAAAUACUAUGUCUUCGGGGUGAAUGAGACCGAUCUCACUCUAGACGUGAAGUUGCUUCAUGUAGUCAGGGGUUUUGUCGCUGAGAAAUGGCAAUCUCAGCUGCCUAGCGAGCAAACUGCACCUGUGAUGCUUCACUCACUACGAUGGUCGGCCUGGGGCCCAGAAUACUGGGCCCUGGUCGGCGGCAUCAUCUCCUUCACCGCAAUGGUGGUACUCCUUGCCCGCUUUGACGGCAAACCAAUUUUCACCUGGAAUGGAGUGACGCUCAACGCGGUAGUAUCGAUCUUGUCAGUAACGAUGAAGGCCGCUGUCGCAUUCGUCCUCUCAGAAUGUCUAGCGCAGUGGAAAUGGAUCCUCUUCACCCGCGAAGACCGGCCGCUCAUGGAUUUCGACCGUAUCGACGCCGCCACCCGCGGCCCUCUUGGAAGCUUGCGGAUUAUUUUUCGGACGCGAGGCGCGGUCACUGACGACUUUGGCACCAGUUAUGCCGUUCAACUCGGUGCUAUCCUGACCCUGCUUGCCGUCGCUCUCGAUCCCCUCGCCCAGCAGGUUAUCCAAGUUCGAGAGGGCGUUGUCUAUACGCGAAGCACUCAGACAGACAAAGGACCACUUGCGCUAAACUCCGGCACACAGACCUACUCCAUGGGCACAGCACAGGUCACAGAAUUGUCGAGGCAAAACUCGACCACGACGGAGUACUGGGUUUCAACGGACACGCCGCUAUCCAUGCAAGGCGCAAUCUUGAAUGGGCUAUCCAAAUCACGCUGGGAAGUAGAACAGGAGGCAUUGAUCCAGUGCCCCACGAGCAACUGCACCUGGGACCAAUUCAAGAGUCUAGGGAUCUGUCACAAAUGCAACGACCUCACAUCAGAGCUCAAGCAGGUCGGGGGGUUCGGACAGGCAAUCAUUGCGUUGGCGAACACCACAUUAGCUGGCUAUAAAGUCCCCGGAACAGCAUUCGUCCUUCCAAACGGUCACUUCAUUGCCAAUAUCGAUGGCUGCCCACCAUACAACGGGCGUUACGCAGAAUGCGAAAAUAAACAGCCGUUGGGCGUCUACUCGGAUGACAAGUACACGACCACAUCGUUCGGAACCGGAAUCCCUAGCAAAACCAACUCCAUGAAGGAUGUGGAUACGCUCUUGUGGUCAAUGAGUAUCAUUCACCCAGAUAUGGAGGCGCUCAAUAAGUCGACCGGCUUCACUCCCGGCGAGUCGGACAGGGGCUCUACGACCGGACUCAAACUUUGGCCAGACAUACCGAUGCAAGCUACCGAGUGCGCGCUCUACUACUUUGUCAAGCGGAUCGAUUCAGCGGUUGAAGGCAACCAAGUCAAGGAGAACGUCACCGAAGCGCUAGAUUCGAGACGAGAUCCGGAUUCGUGGAAACGCUCCUCAGAGUACGAGGAUGGCCAACCAGAGAACAUCAUUUCCAAAGAAGCAAAUGGCACGCUGGAGUUUGAUAAAUAUUGGUCUGCUGUUUACAAUACCGACCUGAGGCUUGAAUUCCCCAACAUCAGUAACGAGGGCUACUACCGAAUAUCCCAAGACUCUGUCAAGUCGAUGAGUGCGCACAUGCAGGACUUGUUCCGCACCAAUCUUUCAGGCACUCCGGAUCAGAGAGAGGAGAUCGAGAAGGUACUGGGAUCUGAUGCAGUUGGCUUCAAUGGCGCGUCGUUCGGGCCGUUUGAAGCGGAAAAGAGGUCGAUGAAGGCUACGCCGCCGGCGUUGGACGGUCUCUGGACUUGGACCAGGCACAAUAUCACCAGCACAUUUUACACCCUAGCAACAAGCAUGACCAACGAGAUGCGGAGGAACUAUGCGCCGGGUCAGAGUCUGAAGAGUGGCCAAGAUACAGAUCGUUUCCAGGACGGUUCCUUGAGUUACUACGGCAAGGUGGGCAAGUCCACAGUACUGUACCACAUCGAGUGGCCGUGGAUUGCUCUCCAUGGCGUGAUGCUUAUCUCGGCGAUCGCAUUUCUGUUCACAACACUCGGUAACUCCAAUAGUCGAGGUAACGUACCAUUGUGGAAGAGCAGCUCCUUGGCCGCCAUUAGGCAUGGGCGUGAUGUUGGUGGUGUUUUGAGUCGCACCACCACCAUGGGUGAGAUGGAAGACACUGCGAGGAAGGUCCGCGUGAACUUGCGCGGAGAAGAAAGCGAGGAAACCAAAUCUUGCAUUGACCGUACAACUGGCUCAACUCCGUCUGAACCAUAA